AUGUCUAAAGGAGGAACUGCAUUGCAGGUCCUGGAUGAAACGUGCUUCAUCUGCUACUGUUGCUGCCAAGGAUGCGGGUGUGCAAAAUGUAGCGAGCCCAACCUCUGCACCUCAGAAUCAAAGCUCCUGUGCUACAAGGCUCACUCCACGUGCGAUUGCGUUGGCCCCUGUGGUCCGGAGGGAUGCUACUUGUCGAGCGUCAAGUACUGCUGCUGCUACAGCCACUGCCAGUUUCCGCCCAGCCCUUGCUUCGUGGAGCUGUGCGGACUGACGUUGUGCGGCGCGAAGAAGGGAGAGAGGUUCGCUCUGUCAGGAGCCGGGAAAGUGCACACGACGGCAGGCAACUUUGGGACGGACACGAGCAUGGAGGAGAUGCGGCGAGAGGCGGUUGAGGCGAUACAGAGCGGCAACUACUCGAAAGCCAAGGAGCUGUCGCUUCUCUUGGAGGCAGAGGAAGCUUCGUUGAGCGCGCCCAACAGCAUUUGUGACCCCCCGGAGCUUUACAGGUUGCACAGACGUCUUCAGCGGGUCAUCGGUGACUCCACUGGCAUCUUCCCUCUCGGCGACACUCAGUGA